AUGAAUUGGCCAUCAUUAGGUGAUGAACCGUUGAAUGAAUAUAGUACACCCUUUCUUGCAACAAUGGCCUUUCCCUCAUUAUUUCCAGAUAGUAGAGGUGAUCCCACCAAUCCAUGUUUAUUGCAUAACGUUACCUUUAGUAGUAAGGUACAACAUCUUAUUAAAUUUGCUGAGAAAAAUGACAAUAAGUGGGUUUACCGAUUUGCAUCACACCCACGAUUUUCAUAUUGGGCUCUUGAUAUGAUACAAAGAAGACGAGCUCUACAGCAAUCAGCAAUUUUUCUUAAGCAGAAUCCCGCCGAGGCACAUCUUACAAUUGAUCAACUAAAAGACAUGGCAAAUGCAAAUGAUUCAUACACGUUUAUGUCAAAACUUUCAAGAUAUGUUGGUAAUGUAACAGGUAGUCCUUCUUAUUGGUUCAAAAUUCGUGAAGAUCUAAAAGCAAUUAUUUCCCAGAAAGGAGCUCCAACCAUAUUUUUCACAUUUUCAGCAGCAGACUUACAUGGCCUGAACUCCAUUCAUUAUUUUAUAUACAUCCUCAUGAUAUGUCCUCAAAAGAAAAAAUGGAAAAUGUGCAUAACUAUCCACACCUUGUAG